AUGGUGGACACCAGCCUGGGCGUGGUCGACUUCGGGCGUGCUACCGGGCCCCGGUUUCCUGGCAUCUCCGCCUCUUGCGGCCCCGAAGGGGAGAAGCGAGGUUGGGACGCCAGGGUCCGGCGGGAGCUGGACGCCCGCGGAACGGCCGCGGAAAUACGGGCCCGCAUCGAGUGCAACGGCGGUGUCCGCGCCGCAGUCGCGCCGCACUCCGACCGCUCCAGGGACCUGAUGCCGGGCUACGCCGACGUGAGAGCGGUCUACGCUUGCGCCGGCUUCCAGCCAGACGCGACCAGCAGAAUG